UUAUUUGCAAUCCUUCCCCAUCUCAAUCUGUAGAUCUGCUUGUUUUGUAAUUGCUCUCUAUGUUCUUCACCUUCCGCAGCUGAUUUGUGAAGGUAGUCUUUGAAAUUUUGUUAGUGAAGAAAGAGUUACUUGGAGAAUACUUGUCAUUUCGUGGGUUACAUUUAGAUUGUAGCAAAAAGGUUUUGAGGAUCAUGGCGACAACGGCGCCGGAGACUGCUGCUAGUGCUGGCGAUUACGUGCAACCUCCACAGAUGGUGCAACCCCAGGUGCCUGUUGAGGAUAAAUUGCGUAAUCUGAAGAUUGUUGCAGAGGACAAAGUUAUUGAGUUUGUUGACAAAGCCAACAUCAACUACGACAACGCUGCUAUUAAUCCUGCCAACAAAGCAUCUGACGAAAGGCUAAAGCAAGACGUUGAUACUACCGCUCAACAAGCUGCAACCAGCUACACGCAGGCACUGAACCAACUCGGGGAGGCAUUCAACUACGUAGAAGCAACAGGACAAAAGGCAGCUCAACAAUUAGGUCUAGCAACCAACCAGACUGCUGCCAAUGCACAAGAAGUUUCCGGCGCAGCCAGGGAGCAUGCACGACAGCGGACCGAGGAAACCAAAGCCCAGUUGCACGAUGGCAAGUCCGCUCUACAACAGGGCAUUAACAAAGUGCAUGAUGCCUUGUCCGAGGGAGCUGCAGUGACCACGCAAAAAUUACAAGAAGGGGCUCACAACCACCCCACGGAUCCCUCCGCAACAGUGAACGAGCCAAGAGCUUUCCAUAGCGGUGAAGCCCAGUCUCCCUCCAUGCUCCAGUCCCUCGGCAACGUGAUUUCUCAAACCGCACAGUCAGUGAAGCAAGCUUUUGUUACUCCUUCUCCUACGGCAACUCAACCCCACGACACCCCAACGUCGACUAACCUUCCGGUGACCCACCCUCCAGCUCAAACAACUGCUGAAAGUUUUGGCCAGACAGCAGCUGCUCUGAAAGACACCAUCAAGAGUGCUUGGUCGACUUCUCCACGAGAGUUUCCGCAGCCAGGAUUGGAGAGUGCCCAACCAGGGAUGCAGCAACCCACUGGAUUAGACAACACCGACAUGAAGUAGUUUCGCCCAAUUGUGAUAGGAAAUAGCGUGCGAUUGGGGAGGUUUUUUUCAUAUUAGUCUCGUCUUUCAUAGUUUGGUGUUGUGCAUUUGUGAAAAUAGUCUUUUCCAUAGAUACAUACUUGCGAUGUUAUAUCAUGAAACUUCGACACAAUUAUGUCGAUCAUUACUGUUAGCCAUAUUGAUAUUCUUAUCUUUCAAUCUCUCGGGGCCUUGAGGAUCUUUGUCCACCAAAGACUUCACUUUC